GCCCCUCCAUCCAGCUCCAAGGAAGGAAGGAGGAACUGCUCGAGCCGCAUGUGUCUGCAAAACCGUGCUGCUAUGUGACUCCCCGGGAUUAUUUAUCUGGUUUUGCGGUUGGUGGGAAGUAAGGUUGGAAAGUUUGUAAUCACAGCCGGUGUUUUGGAGGGUGCGGGGUCCACAGGGAAGGUGGUGCAAGUGGUUUCGGAAGUGGAGCGUGGCAGCGAAAAGGAAAAAGGGGGGCUUUUCUUUCCUGUGUGAUACCAGAUAGCUCGUUUCGCUUGCUUGCCACGACGGGACUGACGUAGAAUAUGGCGGAGCAUCACCCGGUUCCCGACAACAAACACAAAUCCUCCCUGAACUCCGGAGCGUCGUACUCGGGGAACGGGCGCAGCAGCACGGCGGUAGCGGAGAGAGGCAGCAACGCCGGGGCAGGAGGUGGAGGAGGAGGUCUGUCCGGCGGCCUGUCGCAGCCGGCUGGGUGGCAGUCCUUGCUGUCUUUUACCAUCCUGUUCCUGGCCUGGCUUGCCGGUUUCAGCUCCAGGCUCUUCGCUGUCAUUCGCUUCGAGAGCAUCAUUCACGAGUUUGACCCCUGGUUCAACUACAGGUCGACUCAUCAUCUCACCACCAAUGGCUUCUAUGAGUUCCUCAACUGGUUUGACGAAAGAGCCUGGUACCCUCUGGGUAGGAUAGUAGGUGGCACGGUGUACCCAGGCCUGAUGGUCACAGCGGGCCUCAUCCACUAUGUGCUCAACCUGCUGCACAUCACCGUCCACAUCAGGGACGUGUGUGUGUUCCUCGCGCCGGUGUUCAGCGGCCUGACCUCCAUCUCCACCUUUCUGCUGACGAGGGAGCUGUGGAACCAGGGGGCGGGGCUGCUGGCAGCCUGUUUCAUCGCCAUUGUCCCCGGCUACAUCUCCCGCUCCGUGGCUGGCUCCUUCGACAAUGAAGGCAUUGCCAUCUUUGCCCUGCAGUUCACCUACUACCUCUGGGUGAAGUCGGUGAAGACGGGAUCUGUGUUCUGGGCCAUUGGAUGCUGCCUCUCCUAUUUCUACAUGGUGUCAGCUUGGGGCGGUUACGUGUUCAUCAUCAACCUUAUUCCUCUUCAUGUAUUUGUACUGCUCCUCAUGCAACGCUUCAGUAGGAGAGUCUACAUAGCCUAUAGCACCUUCUACAUCAUCGGCCUGGUCUUGUCCAUGCAAAUCCCCUUUGUGGGCUUUCAGCCAAUCAGGACCAGUGAACACAUGGCCGCAGCAGGUGUGUUUGUGCUGCUUCAGGUCUACGCCUUCCUGCAGUACCUGAAGGACAGACUGACCCGGCAGGAGUUCCAGACUCUGUUCUUCCUGGGAGUCUCUCUGGCUGCUGGAGUGGUUUUCCUCUCUGUCAUCUAUCUGACUUACACAGGGUACAUUGCUCCAUGGAGUGGGCGCUUCUACUCCCUCUGGGAUACUGGAUAUGCUAAGAUCCACAUUCCCAUUAUAGCAUCAGUAUCUGAGCACCAGCCCACCACCUGGGUGUCCUUCUUCUUUGACCUCCACAUCCUCGUCUGCACCUUCCCAGCAGGCCUCUGGUUCUGCAUUAAGAACAUCAAUGAUGAACGUGUCUUCGUGGCCUUGUAUGCCAUCAGCGCCGUGUAUUUUGCUGGCGUAAUGGUCCGUUUGAUGCUGACUCUGACUCCGGUGGUGUGCAUGCUGUCGGCGGUGGCCUUCUCUAGCGUUUUUGAACACUACCUGGGAGAUGACAUGAAGAGGCAGAGCCCACCUGCAGAGGACAGCAGCGACGAGGAUGACAGGAAGAAUGCUGGAAACCUCUAUGACAAGGCCGGUAAGGUGCGCAAACAUGUAUCAGAGCAGGAGAAAGCUGAGGAGGGCCUGGGCCCCAACAUCAAGUCCAUAGUCACCAUGCUGAUGUUGAUGCUGCUCAUGAUGUUUGCUGUCCACUGCACCUGGGUCACCAGCAACGCCUACUCCAGCCCCAGUGUCGUACUGGCAUCAUACAACCAUGAUGGCUCCCGGAACAUCCUGGAUGACUUCAGGGAGGCCUACUACUGGCUGAGGCAGAACACAGACGAGCAUGCCAGAGUGAUGUCCUGGUGGGACUAUGGCUACCAGAUAGCAGGCAUGGCUAACAGAACCACGCUAGUCGACAACAACACGUGGAACAACAGUCACAUAGCACUGGUGGGCAAAGCCAUGUCAUCCAAUGAGACUGCAGCCUAUGAAAUCAUGAGGUCACUGGAUGUUGACUAUGUCCUGAUCAUCUUCGGAGGAGUGAUUGGCUACUCAGGCGAUGACAUCAACAAGUUCCUGUGGAUGGUGCGCAUCGCAGAGGGGGAGCACCCCAGAGACAUCAGGGAAAGUGACUACUUUACCCCGCAGGGAGAGUUCAGAGUGGACAAAGCUGGGUCCCCGACCCUCCUCAACUGCCUUAUGUACAAAAUGUCUUACUACCGCUUUGGAGAAAUGCAGCUGGACUUCCGGACGCCACCAGGUUUUGACCGAACACGCAACGCUGAGAUUGGCAACAAGGACAUAAAGCUGAAGCACCUGGAGGAAGCGUUCACGUCAGAGCACUGGUUGGUCAGGAUUUAUAAGGUCAAAAAGCUGGAGAACAGAGACCGCAUAGAGCACAAGCUGCGGGGCACUGACACCACCAAGCAGAAGUACACCUCCAAAAAGACAGCCAAGAGGAAGCGUGGAUACAUCAAGAACAAGCUUUCCCUCAAGAAGGGCAAGAAACUGACCAAGAAAUCUUUAUAGAAAGUCCAGCACCAACAAAACCACACUGUGGACGGGAGACAAGAAAAAUCUUACACACAAAACUUUCAACAAAAAACAAGCAGCAACAGUAAAUCCACCAAUCAAGAUGAGUACGGAACACCAGAGGUUCUCCAGACCCCGUCAUCCCACGCGUCCUCACCCAGAGGUCCACGCUGGAAAUGUUACCAUCACCUAUGAGAAUGUGUCGAACCCCAGCUGACCUUUGACCUGAUAAGUGGGGUCAAGGAGGCCGAGAACGGGAGAUGUUGGCUUGUCAGAGAUCCUCGCCACACUGGUUUUAACCUGAGGAACUGUGACCUUUGACCCGCUUUUCUUUUUGUACUUGAAUGUGAUGGGAGCCAGAGGGAGCAAGAGAGAUUAGCUGUCCUUAAUGCGGGGACUCAGUUUGGGACUGCUCGAAGCAUUGCAUCAUUCGGAUAGAAAUAUUAAAUAGACCACUGUUCUGCCAUGUCCCCAAUUCAGCGCUGAAACCUUAGACCUGCUCAGAAUGAGGCAACGAUUGAUUUUAGGAUGACUGAACCUCUUGAUGGAGUUUAUUAAAUUCUUCACAGAUAUUCAGUUGAAUGGAAAAGGAGUGAAACCAGAAUGUUUGAGUUUUAUCCAGCACCUUUCUGAGAAUGAGUCUGUGCUCCGAUGCCUUUGGAAAGUCCGCUGGAACAUACUCGCUAGUCUGUUUUUAUGUGUUCCAUUUCCUUUAUGUUCUCCCCAUACACCAUUAUUAACAGCAGCAUGUACACACGUGCCAACAAGGAAAAGCCAUCACUCUUCAUACAACCUCAUAGUGCUGCACUGACAUAUUUUAGAACAAGACAGCACAGGCUACUCACAGGAUAAUCCCCCUUUAUUAUUACUUGGUCUUUUUUGUGGUUUCUAUCAGUAAAAUAACAUUUUACCUAACAACACAGCAACACCAGUGAAGAGAAGUCAGACUGGCCAGACAACAUGAGCAGUUUGAUUUUCAGUAAACCUUCAGGUUAAACGAACAGAAUUUGAAGAGAAAACAAAGCAAACCGUCAAAUUAUUACCCACACAUCAGUCCCAGUUUACUUACUGGUUCAACUUUAAUCUACUAUACUAAGUUUGCCUCUGCAGUCAGAGUGUUAAAAGGAUAUCCCAGCAAUUCAGUACUGUGCUUCCAUAAAGUCAGUGGACUCACAAAAGACUGAUUAAAAUAAGAAUUGUCCAAAUUUGAGCAGCUCAGGGUGAGAUAUUCUGACUUUUAGUUUAGUGUGGGCCAAGCUCCAGAAACACUGGAUCCUACAUUUCCCAUGUUGCUGCAUAAACUGGACUAUUUUUUUCAUCAGACCCUUCAUGCCUCCUGAAUGCUCGUCUUUAAAGGUCCAGUGUGUAGGACUUAGUGACAUCUAGUGGUGAGGUUUUAGAACUGCAACUUCUUCUGUGUGCAUAGCUUGAUGGAGACCUUUGGUGGCGAUGUGAAAACACAAAGGGCCCCAUCUUAAGCCAGUCUUUGGUUUGUUUUGUUCUGGGCUACUUUGGAACAACAUGGCAGAGUCCAUGGGAGAGAAACUGCACUGUAUAUAGAUAUAAACAGCUCAUUCUAAGGUAACGAAAACACAACUAUUCUCAUUUUCAAGUGAUUAUAAACAAAUGAAAACAGCUAUUAAUACAAUUUCUGUAAUAGAUGCCCCUACAUCCUACCCACUGGACCUUUAAAACCCCUUACCUUAGUUCUGUCACACAUCCGGUGGCAUAAGUGUCGAUUUUGUAUGUGAUCUUUAAUGAUUUGAGUGUAUUUGUUCCCUCUGUGAAACAUUUCCAAUAAUUUAAUCCUCUGUAUUCUUGUUUCUUGAAGAUAUUCUGAGAAACAUAUCUGUCCUACCUGAGCUGACUUUGAUUCUGUUGUGAGGUUUUUGUCAGAGGAAGGUCAACUAAAACAAACCCAGGUGGAGAGGAUAGCAUUGGCCUUAACGGGGAAAAAAAAUCCUAUUUCCAGAGCUCAGUGAGAGUCAGUGAGUGUAUUUAUUACAUGGACGAUGGAGGCUGCGAUGACGAAAGCGAGGGCAGUGUCCUAUCACGAAAUGCAAUGAUUUUGUUCGGUUUUUGAUUUUUAAGUCAAGGUUUCUUCCAUCAAUUGUAAUGAUCUGGAUGCAGGUGUGAGAAUGAAACAUGCCUUUUUGAAUAAAGAGGUUGAAAUAAUA